AUGAUCGGAUCAAAGGUUGCUGCUGUCAUACACGAAAUCAAGAACCGCAGAGUCACCCUUUUCUACUCCUGCCACUUAGUCGGUCUCGUCUUUCUCUUCCAUCUAUACAUAGUUCAAGCUCGACCGAAUAAAACAAUGUCCUCAAAGGACCGCAAGUCUGACGGGCUGACGUACGGGAAUAAGCAGCAGGCUUCCAAGAUGAAUGCUUCUGUGGCCAAGCUCACCAACGUAUGUUGGCUGGUGACCUUGAUGCUCGGACUCGCUGUAAUUUGCCUCCAUUUGGGUCGCCGUGUCUCCUUGCGCACUUCAGACGAACUGAUUCAUGCCGAACAUGUCAUUUCUGAGGCGGCCCACAGGCUUGCCAUUCGUGCGGAAUGCAAUGCCACUGGACCAGCUUUCGAAUCAGCUGCUGAUGCCAUGACGGCUGUUGGGUUCUCUGGUAGCAUCACGGCGUCUCAGCUCAUCACUAUUACCUCGGAAACUUUGAGCUCUGCGCCGCCAACAACAACGACAACAACAACUGAGUCCCCUGUGGACACUGUUUCUGUUUCAACUCAAACUUCCAUGACAACCUUGGACGGCGUCUCAAACACGGAUCAAAGGUUGACAAUCACGGCCACCACAACCGGCACAACAACCAUCACGCUGCUGCCGGUCCCGGAGUACACUGAAGCAAGCUACGGCAGCUGUCAAGCAACUGUCACGGAAACUGUUUGGGUCACAGUGUAUCCUCCAUCAGAUGCCACAGUCACCGCCAGCCUGUCGACAUUCACCACCGUGAAUACUGUGGUGUCCUACACCGCCGGCCUUCCGGACGUCACCAUCUCCGGUAACCCGUCCACCUAUACAGCCGUCCAAACCGACACGUCAUUCACAUCUGGUCCCCCCGACGCCACCGUGUCUGGUGACGCGUCAACUGUCACAGACAUACGGACCGACGUUUCCGUAACAUCGGGGCUUCCAGAUGCCACCGUCUCUGGUGGCGCGGCAACGGUAACUGACAUGCAAACCAGCUGGACCUGGCCCCUGACAACGACCUAUUCGACCCCAUUCACGACCAUCACCAUCUCGGACCUCUGGGGCCCGUCAUCGUCCAACAGCGUCUCUGAAACCGAGGACGUCAGGCUGUCCACCUUUGUGACCAUCAUUUCGUCACAAAUAGUAGUCACUCUAUCCGACUCUUCAUAUGUAUCCUCCGAACAGAAGGGCGAUGCUACCUCUCUCUCGGCAAGCCCAACAAGCACAUAUACUCUACUUCUGACCACGACUGGCGGACCGCCUGCUGUCGAGACUACGACGGUGGAUGUAUUUCCUCCAGCGUAUGCGGGCUCAACCUACAACACCACGGCGGGUGGUAACCCCCCUUCGUCCACUUCCAGCGUCAUGACUCCCGUUGUCGUUUCGGGCGGAAACAAGAAACCCGAGCCAAAGGCUUGGGGGGGCAGUAACGGCUCUAGCAACCUCGCUUGCACAGUCAUGCUCAUCGCAGUCAUCAUGUUCAUGUCUUGA